AUGGGCCGAUUUACGGUCUUAUACGCCCCCGUCCUUUAUAUUGGUUCAAAGACUGAAUAUGAAAAGAAAACGGUCAACUAUUUCUCUGAUGCAAAUGCUUUUAUUGAAUUAAGAGAGAAUCCAUUCAAUGAAAUUAUGAUCGAAGUUACCAAUUUACUGAAAACGUCCGCCAAAGAUAAAAUCAUCUGCCAAUGGCAAGAAAGAGAUAUGAUGCCUAAUCUAAAGACAUCGGAACUAUCUCAUUUAUAUUUUAAUCCAAAAACACAUAAGGAUGGUAUUCCUGUUCGGCCUAUCGAAAAUACAAUACAUUCUGCAACAAAAAACAUUUCGACAUUUUUAGAUCAACGUAUACGACCCAUAUUCAAUGAUAAAUGCAGCAUAACAAUCAUUAUUGAUGGUGAUCAGUUAAUCAAACAAUUACGCAUAUAUGNCCUAUAA